UUGCCCACUCUCUACUAAGAUACAUAAUUACAAAUUUCACUUUUUUUCUGUAAAAGUAUUUCAAAAUCAUGACUGGAGGAAGAGAAAUCCUGCACAAGAUGAAGGAAAAGGCAUGUUUUAUGGCUUCAAUGCCAGACUCACCAGAUACAAGAGGCAGGGGAGGAGCAUCAAAGCGGAUCACUCAUGGUUCCCACCUGGUGAAGGGAAAGUCUAAUCACGCGAUGGAAGAUUGUUUAGUUUGUGAGUUUAAGCAAGUCCAUAACAACGAUUUGGGACUAUUCGCAAUCUAUGAUGGACAUAUGGGUCAUGAUGUAGCUAACUACUUGCAGACACACUUGUUUAACAAUAUUUUGAAAGAGCAUGACGUUUGGACGGAUACUGUGAAUGCAACUCGUAGAGCUUAUCAUAGUACAGACAAAGACAUUCUGGCAAAAGCAUUCGAAUUGGGAAAAGGAGGGUCAACUGCAGUUACUGCAAUGCUGAUAAAUAGUCAAACACUUAUAGUAGCAAAUGUGGGAGAUUCUCGAGCUGUCAUAUCCAAGAAAGGUGUUGCCGAGCAGCUAUCAGUUGAUCAUGAGCCAAACAGGGAAAGGGAGAUAAUUGAAAGCAAAGGCGGAUUUGUUUCAAACAUUCCAGGUGAUGUACCUCGUGUUGAUGGACAGCUUGCCGUUGCAAGGGCAUUUGGAGACAAGAGCUUGAAGAGACAUCUUAGUUCAGAUCCAGACGUGGCAAUUGAGCUGAUAGAUAACGAUGUAGAUCUCAUCAUUUUGGCAAGCGAUGGACUGUGGAAGGUAAUGUCCAACCAAGAGGCAGUGGACUGCAUUAAGAACAUGAAAGACGCGAAAGCAGCAGCUAAACAUUUAUCAGAAAUGGCGAUUUCGCGGAAAAGCAAGGAUGAUAUUUCCUGCAUAGUUGUUAAGUUCCAGUGAAAGUAAGUCCUUUUGCAAGUAAAGAUUGGGCUGUACAAAUUAUUUUUGAAAUGAAAAAACACUUUUCUGCUGAAUAGUGUUUUGUUAAGUUGAAAAUAUUUCCAGUGAAUCAAAGAUCAGUGGCCUCCAGACUUUUCCCUUUGUUAUAAGAAAUUGUUGUAAAAUGUAUUCAUUGUUGAGCACUGUAUAUUCAUUGUCUUAGACAAAUAUGUUACAUUUCCUGUAAGCAGAAGUCUGUAUUUGUUGAAAUAAGUACUUUAGAAAUA